UGAACGUGAGGGGAGUCGUAGAACUACAGGCCUGGAAUAAUUUUCUACGGUCGAAAAACGACCCGACCCGUCUUAGAAUAUUGACCCCGGGUCAAUUUUUUGCGUAGAAAGUUGACCCCCCGGUCAUCAUUCUAAGGGGGUCAGUUGGCUCCGCCCAAGUGGUGAUGAGUGGUGUCUAACUAAUAGCAAAGAACGUGAUUUGUCGGAUUGUCACUUUCUGGGCCAGGAACUGUAAAUGGUUGUGGAGUAAUUUACCAAUGUUGCCUUUUUCCUAACAAAAAACCCCGAAUUAGAAAUCUAAUUAGAACGGAUUUACUUGAGAUGUACCGCCAGUACAGUGAAAUAGAGAAUCUAGGAACAAAUAUAUUUAAGAUUUAACCAGAAUUAUAAUUAGGGAUCUUUUAACGACUAAUUGGAGGAUUCAAUAAAGAAAAACUCCAGAGGAUCCGUUUAACUACCAGUUCCUUUCAGACAUUGGAUUUGUUCAAUAGCUGACUUCCGGGAGAGUGGAUUUAUCAACGUUAAGGGGAUGUUCCAGAAGACGACGCAGGCAUAACAAGGACUGAUUAAUCGGCCCCGAUGUCUCAGUAAUAGUCUGGUAAAACACGGAAUGAAAUCCAUAGACUGAUUCUAAAACCAGAGGACCAUAAAGAUACACAUAAAGACAUAUUAUUUUAACCAAUCAGUGUAGGAUCAAGUCAAGGAAUAAAUAAAGGAAAAAGUCUCAGUCAUGAAGUUGUCCGUGUUUUCGUGUGGAUUUAGCUUUAUCGUCGUGGACCUCAUCUUCUUCCUGUACAAGACCGGAGAAUCGAUGCUGGAUGCGACGACCAGGCCGUACCUUGUCCGUGCGGUGUGUUAUGAGAUAUUCAAAGACGAGAAAGGCAAAAAUGAGACCACUUGCAUGAACUUAAACGAAUACCCAGUCCUUGAAGACUAUAUACAGAGUCAGUCCGCCAAUUAUCUGGUGUACUUCAGACUGCUUCUGAACAUUCCCGCCAUAGCACUGUCUCUGUUCUGUGGAUCGUACAGCGAUCGCUACGGGAGAAAAAUCCCGAUCUUGCUCCCCAGCCUCGGGAGUGUGUUCGCCGUACUUUUGUACAUGACCAGCAAUCUGGUGCCUGAACACCGGAUAGCUCUCAUCCUCGGGGGGUCGGCUGUACAGGGAUUCUUUGGAAAGAGCUCCGUCAUAACGAUGGCCGUCAACAGCUUCGUGUUCGAUUUGUCAGACCCGGGGGAUCGCACGCGGAACCUCGGGAAACUCCUGGCCAUGAACUUUUUCGGACUGUUUAUGGGGUCGUUGUUUUCAGGUAUUUUCCAAGAUGUCCUUGACCUGAAUGCUGCCUUUGUGUCGGUCGUGGUUCUCCACGGAGCUUCCAUCAUGUUUACGAUCAUUUUAGUGGAUGAGACAGUGAAUCGUAAGGAAGUGGACGAGGAAGACCGGAAGUCUCGAUGUGAGUUGUGUGAAGUGUUCAGACUGUCAAACAUUAAGGAGACACUGGCUGUUCUGAUCAAGCCUCGCUCUGGAAACCUCCGACUUAUCAUUCUGACGUUGUUUAUGAUAUCACUAGUGAACCAGACGUGUAAGGUGGGGGAAAUGGACAUCAACCUUCUGUUCGUCACUCGGAGUCCCCUGAACUGGUCCAAGUCCUGGUAUGGGUAUCUCUUGUCUCUGGACUACGCAGUGAUGGGGCUUUGCUUAUUCAUUUUCCUGCCUUUAUUCUCCAAUAAGUUCAUGCUCUCUGACGUUACCAUUAUGAUAGUAGGAAUCGGCUGUAAGUUCGUGCGCCUGAUCUGGGCCGGUUUUUGUGACGAAUCUUGGAUGGUCUUCAUCUCCGUGGCUAUAGGUGCGAUGGCGGGAAUGAUCACGUCUGCUCUACGGUCCUUGGUCAGCAAGGCCGUGCACACAGACGAGGCGGGAAAAAUGUUCUCUCUCCUGGCAUGCGGCGAAACGUGCUCAAAAUUCUUAGGAACCGUUAUAUUUGUUAACCUGUAUAGCGUCACGGCGCAUAUAUUCCCCGGCAUAGCGUUCUUGGUUGAAUCCUUUGUCUAUCUUGUUUUACUAGGAAUUCUAAUUCUUAUGUUUAGAGAUCUGCGUGACCUUCAGAGCUGUGACCUUUUACAAUCGCUCAAAGAUCAACCGGAUUAUGGCGCCACCGGAAAUCACCAAUCAAAAGGAGAUAAACGGUUACCGGAAAUAGACGAGAUGGAGGAGGAGCAGCCCCACCCCUCCAUGUACCAGGCUACUACACCUUGAUCCAUCCCAAAGUUUCCCCCAUGAUUUUCGAUCAGUAUUUACUACUUAGAAUCAAACGAAUGGAGCAAUACUCUGCCUACGAAUAAAAAUGCCAAAUCAAAGACAUUGUUUUUCUUGUUUGUAACAAAAACAUGCCGUGUUUAAGGUUCGUCUCUGUUCAUAAUAAAUUAUGC